CCCAGUGUGGAUAUCCCUUGGCUAUGGGCAGACAUUGGAUUAUUCCCCUUUGGUCUUCCAUACUUCUAUUUUGCUAUUGUGGGCAGUCCCUCUCACUGUUCAGCAUGGGGAGAGCUGAGAAUUCAAGAAAUGAUGCCCUAAGAAACAUCACCAAAAAUGAAACAAGAAAUGAGUCAGCGGCAAAUGAAUUCAUGAAAGAGUAUGAUCAGACAGCUCAAGCAGUGUGGAAUGAGUACAUAUUGGCCCUUUGGCAAUACAGCACCAACAUCACUGAGUAUAACCGCCAGAAGAUGCUGGAAAAGAACUUCGUGAUGGAUCAGCAUACAUCGUAUUAUGGCACAAAGGCUCACCACUUUAACACUACCAACUUUAGGAACCCACUACUGAAGCGCAUCCUGUGGAAGCUGAGGAAAAUGGAGAAGGCCAGCCUACCCAAGAAUGACCUUAAGGAGUACAAUGAACUUCUAGCAGAUAUGGAGACAAUCUACAAUACGGCUGAUGUGUGCUUAGAAGAGGGACCUUGCGUGAUCCUAGAGCCUGAUCUUACAGAGCUGAUGGCUUCCUCCCGAAAGCAGGAGGAACUACUUUGGGCCUGGCAAGGUUGGCGGGAUUCUGUGGGUCGGCAGCUUCGCCCCAUCUGCAGUCAGUAUGUGGAGCUCAGCAACAAGGCUGCCAGGCUCAGUGUGUUAUAUUUGGCCCUGCUGCUGCACCUCCAAGGGAACAUGUGGGCUCAGUACUGGACCAACAUCAUUGACCUAGUCACACCCUUUCCUUCAUCCACCAGAAUGGAUGCCACCAUGGCCAUGAGGAGCCAGCAUUGGACAUCCUUUAAGAUGUUUGAGGAGGCUGACAAAUUCUUCCAGUCUCUGGGGCUGCUCCCUGUUCUCCCUGAAUUCUGGGAAAAAUCAAUGCUGGAGAAGCCACAGGAUGGAAGAGAUGUGGCAUGCCAAGCCUCUGCUUGAGACUUCUAUGAUGGCAAGGACUUCAGGGUAAAGCUUUGCACCAAGGUGGACAUGGAAGAUCUAUUGUCCAUCUUCCAUGAGAUGGGCCAUAUCCAGUACUUCAUGCAGUACAAGAAUCUGUCCUUGGCACUCCGAGAAGGUGCCAACCCAGCCUUCCAUGAGGCCAUAGGGGAUGUGGUGGCCCUCUCCGUCUCCACCUACAACUACCUUUACAACUCAGAGCUGACGGUUGCUGAAACAGAGGACUACGAAAGCGAUAUCAACUUCCUUAUGAACAUGGCAUUGGAAAAGAUUGCCUUCAUCCCCUUCAGCUACCUGGUGGACCAGUUUCAAUGGAAGGUGUUUGGUGGCCAAAUCAGCAAGGAAUUUUACAAUCAGGAAUGGUGGAAUCUGAGGUUAAAAUAUCAGGGAUUAUGCCCACCAGUGCCAAGGUCAGAGGAAGACUUUGACCCAGGUUCUCAGUUCCACAUUGCUGCCAACAUACCUUAUAUCAGGUACUUUAUCAGCUAUGUGAUCCAGUUCCAAUUCCAUGAGGCCCUAUGUCGAGCCUCAGGAAACUCAGGUCCCCUGCACAAAUGUAAUAUCUAUAGGUCCCAAGAGGCAGGAAAACUCCUAGGGGACGUCAUGAAACUUGGAUUCAGCAAGCCAUGGCCAGAAGCAAUGAAGAUGAUCACUGGACAGUAUAAUAUGUCAGCAAAAUCACUCAUGAAGUACUUUAAGCCCCUCCUGGACUGGCUCGUUGCUCAGAAUGUGCGUCAGGAAGAGGUCCUGGGCUGGCCUGAGUUUAACUGCUUCAUCUCUGAUGAUAAUGGGAAAAGAAAAGUGAGCUUCCUGUCUAUGAAGAUGGACUAUGCUAAUGCCAUUGCUGGGCAGUGGGUGCUGCUGAUCCUAUGUCUGUUCCUAGUCUUGGUCAUAGCAGUUCUGCUCUAUAAGUUUCUAUACGAGAGCAAGAUGCCUGGUCCAAACAAGGAAGACGCGUUUCAGGGCAUCCACAUGAAGAUCCAGAAUGUUAUCAGGAGUCAUUACUUUCUCUUCGGUCUGAUCCUGCUUAUGCUGCUGUCUGUGAUGAUUCUAGUUGUCUUCAUUCCUGAACAGCAAGAAAGCCUGGAAGACCAGCCUCUAUCAUUUACAAAGCAAAAAGUAGAGGCCUUCAUCUUAGACACCAGAAACAAAGACCUGCCCCAGUGAUGCAAACUGUAUUUAUAUUUGGGUGCGGGGAGGGCAGAGAUGAAAGGGUAAACUGGGGAGGGGGGCAGGGAGAAGGCAGAUAUAAGACCAAGAGUAGAGGUUGACUUCAGAUUGUAGAGCUGUAUCUAUAUUUGUGACUAUAUAGCUCUGGGUAUGGUGGUGAUUACGGAUGGCUAUGAUUAUGUGUGCUCAUGUAUUACUAUGGGGACCAUGACUGUGUGUGUCAUUUUGUGUGUGAUAGGUAUGACGGGGUAUGUAUGAGACUAUAGCUAUGUACAUAUGUAUGACUGUGAUAUGUGUGUGUGUGUGUGUGCGCACGCGCGCAAAUGUACCCAAGGCCCCAAGCUUUAUCUCCCAGUCUCCUUCGGGACCUCAGGUACCUCUGUUCUGAUCACCUGAUUGCUCUGUCCACCUCCCAACUCCA